ACGGAGGAGGAGGAGAGGUUUUUGAAACCCUAGCUCCCACCGCCUCUCUCUCCUCUCUCUCUCUCGCUCUGUAGCGCGAAACCCUAGGACGAAGGUAGGAUGUCCUGUCUUUGCUAGCGCUAUGGAAUAGCAGCGGCUUUUUAUGCGUGAAGUUACUACAUUAUGCGAACAAAAAAUUAAAAUUAAAUUAAAUUUUGAGAAUGGCGGAUUCGAUGGUGUCGAGCUUUUGGGGCCCUGUUACAUCCACCACUGAAUUGUGCGAGAAGAACUAUGCCCAUUCUACGUAUAUUGCAGAAUUUUACAACACGAUGUCGAAUAUUCCGUGCAUUAUUUUGGCACUCUUUGGCCUUAUAACUGCGCUGCGGCAACGGUUUGAGAAACGGUUCAGCGUUCUUCAUAUAUCUAACAUGACACUUGCUAUUGGGAGCAUGAUUUUCCAUGCCACACUACAACACGUACUACAGCAAAGCGACGAGACCCCAAUGGUAUGGGAAAUGCUCUUAUACCUCUACGUCCUCUACUCCCCCGACUGGCACUACCGUAGUACGAUGCCGACCUUCCUCUUCCUAUACGGUUUGACCUUCGCAAUCCUCCACUCGUUCUUCCGCAUAGGCGUCGGCUUCAAAGUACACUACGUUGGACUCUGCCUCCUCUGCGUCCCGCGCAUGUACAAAUACUACAUCCAAACCAGAGACGUAGCCGCCAAGAAACUGGCGAAGUUGUUUGUCGCGACUAUAACCCUCGGCACUCUCUGCUGGUUUAGCGAUCGGUUCUUUUGUGCGAAAAUCUCGAGUUGGUAUGUUAAUCCGCAGGGCCAUGCAUGGUGGCAUGUUCUGAUGGGGCUUAAUUCGUACUUCGCUAACGCUUUCUUGAUGUUUUGUCGGGCGCAGCAGUUAGGGUGGAAUCCGAAGGUGGCUCAUUUUUUAGGGUUUCUUCCGUAUGUUAAGAUACAGAAGCCCAAGAAGCAGGAGUGAGGAAGAAGUUUAGAAGUUAAAGAUUUCGUUAUUUUUUUCGUGUUUCUGAUCUAAUUCAGAAGUUUUGUACAAGUGAUACGGAGUAUAAAAAUCGACCGACAUCGACUGUUUCUUCUUUUUUUAAGUAGAAAUUAGAAGUUUUUUUUUUUUUGAAUUCAAUUAUCUUGUCCACCGAAUUUUUGAAACGAAAUUGUCAUGAAUUACAGGGUGUGUCAAGUUAUUUUUUGUAAGAUCCUCAUCCAUUGCAUGUAAUUACUUUUUAAGCUUUUAUUUUUGUACUCUCUUUCCCUUUUCCAGUUUCUCUUUCUAACUAGGUGGAAGUGAGUGUGUAUCAAAUAGAUGUGUAGUUGGUUUUUGUUCUUCA